AUGCUUCAGGCUGUCGAGUAUGCCACUGCAGAUGCCCUCAGCGACCUGAAGGCCGAAGUGCAGCAGUUGGCCUCUAAUGCAAAGAAGCGGGACGAGUUCGUAAAGGGCCAGAUAACCAAGCUUGAGCAGCUGACCUCCAUGUUGGAAAAGGACAGCAGCUACACGCUGAACCAGCAUCAACAAAAGAUACAGGACCAGGAAGAAAGCAUGAAUAAGCUCCAGUCGGAGACAACGGAUCUCCGACAAGAGCUCAAUGGCGAGGUGUCCAAGUUCGCAGACUUGAAGACGAAGGCAGAUUUUCUGGAAGAGCGCGUCAACAGCGGAGCCCUGAGACUCAUUGGCACCGGCCUACCAGUGAUCGUUGUUGCGGUUGCUGUAGUUGCAGUGGUCGCUGUGGUUGCUGUGGUAAUGAUGGCGCUCAUGAUCUGGCCAACGAAAACUACAAGGAGCACCUGGAGGCGCUUGGGAAAUUCUUGUGCUUUCGUGUGCUUUGCGCAUGUUUUGCUCGCCAAGGAGCUGAAGAAAGCUCGGCAGGACCUGGAGAAACAUGCUUUGGAGGCGGCCCGCAAGGACGCAGCCGGGCUUGAAAACUGGAGGGGAUUGUUUGCUUUCGAGCCCAGGAAAGCGAAGAAAGAUUUGGAUGGGGCCACGUCCGCAGUGCGUGGGGAGAUGAGUAAAGGACUUCAGGAACUUCAGAGCCUCUGCUGCACAGCGGGUCCCAGCAGCUUUGACCCUGAGAGCUUCGGGUUGAAGGUGCAGGCAGGGAGAGGCGGCAAGGCUGUGAAGAGACGGCAGCCUCUUGUGGUACCAAGGCAGAGUUUUGCAGCGCUGGAGCAGAACAUGAAAGAGACGCGGCAGGCCCUUGAGGAGAAGUGCAACACCAUGGUCGAGGAGAGCAGGCAGAAGCAGCAGGCCCUGGAACAGUCAUUGGAGAAGAAGAUUGCCCAGGCUGAAGCUGCCUCGAAGCAGCUGACCGAAGAGCAGGUGUCGCUCGAAAAGCAGGCCCGUCAGCACGAGGAGGAGGUGAUGCAUGCAGAGCUGAAGAAGCUAGACGGUGAAAUGAAGGUGGGACGGCUUCUGCUUCGGCAAGACGCCGAGGAGAGCCACCAGCAGCUGCAGCAAUUCCGCCGCGAGGCCGAAGACCGGAGCGCGGCAGUUCUAGCAGAGAACCGGGCGAAUGUCGAGCUGCUGCAAGGUGAAUCUGCGCGGCUCAAUGCUUUCUGUGCUGGUGUGUCCGGACUGCCGACCAGACAGGUGGAGUGGCGGCUCCCAGAAGAUACGCUAAAACAGCUGGAGAAGGUUCAGGAUCGUGAGCCUGUGGACGACCCGUCUCUGGUGGGAGACGCGCAGGCCAGCUUCUUUUCGCCGCCCUUCGAGGCGGCUGGGACUCGCGGCAUGCAGCUGGAGCUCCGUGUGCACACGCGCCGCUCGGGGCCCGGGGACGAGGAGGACGCCUCUGGAAACGUCUGCUCUUUGUACCUGUGGGCCUGUGCUGGCCUGCAGCUGGUCUUCCGCCUCUUUUUAGGAACGGAGUCCGUCGUCCUGCGGCACAGCUUCGAUGGGAAAUCGCCUUGCGGUAUGAAGCGCAUGGGCUCCAUUAUUGAGCAGAAGUCAAUGGAUGGCUCGCUGAAGCUCGGAAUCGAGAUCCAUGAGUCCUUGGUGGAGAGCACUACGGGUUCCAGCAGUGCCCCCGAUCCAAUGGCUGCGCCGGCAGACGAGCCGGCUGACUCGCGCGGGCCUGUGGACGGAGUGCUCGCGGUGCAGCGGUACGUGAACCACCGACUGCUGGAACUGAUGCAGUCGCAGGGAAAGGCUUUCUUGGACCAGCUGCACAAGAAGGUGGACGUCAUGCGCUCACGCGCGGUGCGGCGCGUGCAGUGGCGUCUUGAGAAUGGCCCGGCGCUGUAUCAGAAUUUCUCCAAGGAGCAGGCAGUGCGAAGCACGGCCUUCCAGGCAGCGGGCAUCUGCGGCAUGCAGCUCGUAUUUUACCCGCAAGGGUGCGCUGGUGGCUUGGUCUACAAUUGA